CUUUUCUCAUUGACGGUUGUUGGUUGCGCAUCGCUUCACAUUCGAGUCGAGACAAAGACGGGCCCUCAAUUUGCAUCUGUGUGUCGUCUGUGUUUGUAACACCUUUCGGUUGGAAAAAUUGUUAACGAAUUUUGGUGUUUCACCCCCCAACAAAAAAUGGAAAUCAUCAGGUGGUUGUCGCUCUUGUAAUUCGUUUGGACGGACACUAGUAAUUGUUGCAUGCCACAUGUACUACUUCUCCUAAAGUAAAUAAAAACAACAACAGAGUGAUUUCAAUUUUGUAACAAUAAUGUGGUGGUUCUAAGCUUAAACUUUGUAAGCUGCAAGUUUGUUUUGUUUGUGUUACCAAGAAAAAAAAGCUGACAAGAAUUUGAAAUCUUUAAACGAAAAAAUCUGUUAAUUUCAAAAACGUGAUUGCAAAGAAAAUUACCAAUCAACGGCACUUAGUGCAUUGUAGAAAAGUGCAAACUGUUUGAAAUCCAGUUGGAAAUUUGCAAAAGCGAAAUAAAUCAAAUCGAAAAUUUUCAUUCGAAUAACUUGACAGAAGUGAUUAGAAAACGACAAUUGAAAGUGUCCAAUUUGAGUGGAAUGUAAAAUACAUUUGUAAUUUUGGAUAUAUGAAUUAAAUGUGUAUUUCAAAAGUAACAACAUUUAACUAACUUGCCGGAAUAAUUUGUUCUUUGGAGGAAACGCUGUGUGUGGAUAUUUUAUUCGGAUUACUUUAAUUGUCCCCAAAAAUACUUAAAUACAGAAAUCAUAAUUUAGAUGUAAUUACUACAAGGACCAUUGAUUUUGCCAACGACCACGAUAGCUUCCGACUCCAAACAUGCUAUUUUCACGUAGCACUUUAUCCAUUAACAAUUUCCACGUUUUACGUUCUUAAAAAAAAAAAACACAACAACAAAAUCUAUAAAGAUAAUCGACAUAACCUCAAUACAUCCAUCCUACAACUUCCACCCCCACCGCACGUUUAAAACAGGCGACAAAUUCUGUUGAAAAAUCAUCAAGAAGCCCUUACAAUGGCUGAUAGCCGGGAACGAAUACGUGGACCAUCGAGGGAUGGUCGGGAAUUUUUGACUAGCCCACGGCAAGUGCUGCGUCGCCUAAUGUUGUUAUCCGAGGGACGCCAGUAUCGGGAAGCUGCUGGAGUUGUUGGUCGUCUGGGACCGUCGGUAUUGAGAUCUGUUAUUGCCGAAUUACCAAUUGAUUUGUUGCUGGAACAUUUGCCUCAUAGCUCAUAUCUACUGGAGUCGUUCUUUUCAAGAUUAAUCACAGUCAAUCCUUCGCCCAAGCCGGAUGUACCCACCGAAGCGGUUCUUUGGCAAUUGAUAAAACUUUUCUCCAAUCCCCAUGAUCCUGGUCUGAAACAACGAUGCCUAAAACUUCUACAAUCCCUGGUGCAAUAUGAACCGAAUUUAAGGCACACCAUACGAGAGACUCGUAAAUCCUUCAAUGAUGCCGUUCAGGGACUGGGUGUACAUGGUCUGACCACAGAUGCCUCAGGCCAGUUAAUAUCCCUGCACAUGGCGCUCAAAAGUGAACUGCAAAGACACAUCGACACCUACAAAGUGGCCCUACACAAACUGGAAGAGUUGAGCGCAAUAACCAUAAAUCAAGAUCCUGCCCAUUCCUCCCAUCAACGCCUGCUGGCCAUAAACUAUGGCGAUAUACAACAGCGUUUGAUAGAUAAUAAAACCAUUUUAACACUUCUCGAUAAACCUGCUCUCAAACAAUUAGCUAGUCUCAUUGAAAAUCUAUCCCAACGUGUUGAGAACGAUAAGGAGGUGCUGAAGGCAGUCGGGCAGGUGAAGAGAGUGGAUAUGCAGGCGAACUUAGAGAAACGACCUGCCGCGGGCUUGCUCAUGAAUUUUGCCCGUGGCUGUGAAGUUGUUCUACAAAUGAUGGGGCCAGAAAGUUUGAAUGGUCCCAAUACCACACCGAGUAUUGGUUCGCCCAAUGGUGGCAGUAACAGCAGUUGCAGUGAUGGCUAUCAUUCGGAUGAUUCGGCUAAUGAAGAAAUAAGCGGCAUGGUCUCACAGUAUCGCUUGCUGUAUCUGGAAAAUAGGACAGAUACGUUGGAGGCAUUGGACAGUUUACCACAGCUUAAACACGUUCACAAUUUGAAAGCAAAAAUCUUAUUUUCAAUAAUAGUGCUUUCAUUUCGUCUGUGUCAUGGCAUGAGGGAACGCAAAGUUAUGGAAGUUCGACGAACUCUCAAUUGUCCCCUGGAUAGUACAAAUGAAAUAACACUGGCCUUGGAUAGAUCGAUACGUCAGCAUUUGCAUGAUACCAUUGACACCUUUCCACUGGGCGAAAUCGAAAGAUCUGUGUUUAAUCAGGUCCUUUCAACAUUACAUGAGUACUCAUGCUUGGAAUCAUGUCCCCCGCUUAUGCAUUUUGUCAGUGCUUGUGUGCGUUUGGCCUGGAAAAUGGUUAAUCAAAAGGUGCCCUAUUAUCUGGACAAUGAUUUUAAUUUGGGUUUCUUACGCCCCGAAAAACAUGAACGCCAUGCACAAGCCGAUCGUCGCUCGGAUUUAAUAAAAUCCUUCCUGUGGCCAGCCCUGAUGCAAAACACCCAUUGUGUGUUCAAGGCAAUUGUGGUGACUUAAGACCUGCAGCCUUUUCGACGAUAGUAUAUAAGUCCAUAGAAAAUACGUUUUUAAAUAAGUUCUAAAUUUUGUACAUAUUCAUCUUAAUGAUUUUAAAAUAAAAAAACAACAAAUAAUUAAAAU